AUGGCUGAGAUGGAUACGCGCGCUGGAGUCCAGAGAAUGGCUACACCACCGGCAUCUUAUGGUGGCGGCCAAUCUAACUCAACUACUCCACACAAUGCAAAUAUGUCUCCUUUUGGGAGUCCGACCCCCAAGAGUGUCGCAUUCGAGCUCCUCUUUCCCGAGUCGCCCCAGUAUCGUGCGCGCCUACCUAUGAGGGUGCAAAUCUUUCCUCAUGAUACUACCGACUCGAUCGUGACCACUGUCAAAAACUUCUACGGUCUUUAUGCUGGACCUGGCGGGGCCAAAGGGGUGAGUUUCGAGGAUGAGCAAGGGAACACUCUCAUCGCUCGCUACGAAAAUCUGCGCAACAACAUGAUCGUGUACGUUCGGGUCACCGAUGAGCCAGCACCGCCUCCCGGAGGGUUUGGUCCAUCAUCGUACCAUUCCGGAUCACCCGUCAUGCAACAAGCAUACUAUCCUACUGAUGGGCACCAGAUGCCUCCUCCCCACCCAGCCCAAGCACUCAACUAUGGGCAGCCUCCAUCUAGGCCUACUUCGAGAACUUCUCGCAAGCGCAGCACUUCCCCAAAUCAAGGGCGUGGACGUCGCAGCGCAUCUGCAAGCACAAAUCCUCCUCCCACGAAGAAGAGUCGGUCUCGGUCGAGCUUCAAGAGCCGUGGGUCGAGCACUCAUGGCAGCUUUGCAGAUAUUCACAGCGAUGGCGUGAACGGGUAUAGCAGUGGUGACGGCGCACCCGGGUCUGUUUCCAGCAGGACCAAAAGCGAGCAUAUUGGCAACACUGAGAUCAGCUUGGACAAUAUUGUUGAGGGAGGGCGCCGCAAGAGGGCCAAGUUUGAGAGUUCCGAGCUACCCUUGUUUGCACCACCGCAAAUGCCCGCAGCGACUUCAAACUCUUCGGUGUCUCCGCAGCGCCGCCUCGAGCAUCAACGGGCUUCCCUUCCCUUCACACAUCCUUCGCAGCACCCCUUCUCAAACACCCCGGUGCUGCAUUCUCCUCAAAGCUACAAUAAUGGAUUUGGGCAGCCCGGCAUAUAUUCUACACCUGCAGCCCAAGGUCGUCGCACUCGAGCCGGCGCCUCAUAUCCAGCUAGGCAGUCAAUUGGUUCUACACCAAAUGGCAACAGCUCCGGCAUACUUCCUACACCCGACCCUACUGUCGGUAGCUGCAUGUCUGAAGAGGAUAAAGAUGUUGCUCUACAGCUCAUGAGAUUGGGUGGCAUGUCAAACAUCUCCCACGGUCGCACAUCUGCUUCCACACUUGAUGAUACCUUUAGCGGAAGAGCAGAUGCUGCUUCAUCAACGGGUGCUACCAGUGACGAGGAAAGCGAAAGCGAGAAUGAACUUCCGCCAGCACGCCGUCAAAAGCUUGAAGACAGCCCUAUCUUACCUCCCGGUGCAAUCAAAAGGUUCCGCCCACAUCUGGAUGAUAUCCUGCCUAGCCAAGAUAGUACCGAACCUAGCGGAGAUGAAGCUGACUUUGAAUUCAAUCCUGGGAAUCUUGACGAUCCCAUGGAUGGUGUGGAUCCUCAGCCAAAGGUGAUCAAGUCCAAAGGCUUGACAUCCGUCAUGGGCAAGCCGCGAACCAGCGCCUCCGGAGCCAAAGUGAACAAGGCAGGCAAGUCCAAAGCUCUGCGCCCUAGUCAAACCGUAAAGUCCAAGAAGUCGGGCAGCGCGCCCGCAGUUACCAAACCAAUAUCACCAACUUCGUUGCCACCUCAAUCUCGAAAGACAUCCAAUGCUUCCGCUCUCAACUUUCAGCAAUCACUCGGCGAUGAUGAGGAAGAUCUCUCGUCUAAACCUCGUUGUCAGCGAUGCCGAAAGAGUAAGAAGGGCUGCGACCGUCAACGGCCAUGCCAGCGAUGCAAGGAUGCUGGGCUCAGUGCUGAUCAGUGCGUCAGCGAGGACGAAGGCAAUGGUCGCAAGGGACGCUAUGGACGCCACAUGGGUGUUCCAGUCAAGAAAGAUGAAAAUUGUGCUGAGGUUAACGUUCUUGCAACUGCCUUGGUUGGUGAUCAGGGCGGCCCAGAUAAGAGCAAGAAGAGAAAGAGGUAG